AUGCUCCAAUGGAUAGCCUUCAGAAAUUUAUCCCAGUCACUUUUAUCCUAUUUGCCUUGCUAACAGGUUUUGGCUUUGGUUAUUCUAUUAUAAAUGGGCCAGCUAAUGCAACAGUCCUAGCUGGUUCAGAGGCUCGGUUUAACUGUACUGUGUCACAAGGAUGGCAAAUUAUCAUUUGGCUUUUAAACGGGAAUGCUGUUCUCACGACAACUCACCUUGGAGGAGCAGUUGUAACAAUAGAUCGCUUCACUCAGCAAAAUUAUACCAGUGGUGAGACUUUUACCUCAGAGCUGAUCAUCCACAAUGUCCAACAGAACGAUUCUGGUAAAAUAGAAUGCAGCAUCCAACUUGGUAUCCCCAACAGUUAUGCCUUUCUUUCUGUGCAAGUUAAUGGAUCUUUGUUCAUCAAAGAUCACAACUCAACAGUAAGAAAGAAUGAAACAAUUGAAAUUGUUUGUGAAGCCUUAGGAUGGGCUCCAGCUCCAAACAUGACCUGGAUGAUAAACAACUCUUUUGUAGAUAAGUCCAGGUAUGUUACUAACUACAGUCAAGGAUCUAAUGAUCUUCACAAUGAAGUGAGCAUCUUAACUUUGACUCUGAUGGCCAAUGAGACGCUGACUUGUUUAGCUUAUAUAGAGGCACUUCCUAAGCCCCAGAAUGCAACUGUAACUCUUAUUGUGCAGGAUUCUCUUGCAGAAAAUGGUAACCAAGAAGACAGCACGCGGACACGGACUAUUAUACUUGCAGUUACACUGUCAAUUGGUUUUCUUCUUCUGAUCAUUAUUAUUUUUAUCAUAAUAUACUGCUGCCUAAAAAACAAAGAGUCCACCUAUCAAAAGGAGUUGAGAAAAGUUUCAACUAAGAAAACCAAUGAUGGUAGUGUGAAGACCAGGAGAAGCAGUGGUAAUGACAAUUCUGGAUACAGUCCCGAGGACCCAGUGUACACAAAACAAAUGCCAAGAAUCGCCCCUCUUCCCCCAAUGGCUUCCAACUUUCGCCCAGAAGAAGAUUUAGAAGUCAGUUCCUCAUCAGAGGUACCUUAUAAGGUGCAGCAGAACAGAGAAUCACCUCGAAGACCUACUGAUUAUCCAGUCAACCCAACGAAAAUCAGAAACGUGACACUUGUAUAGGAGUUACUGCCCUUUGAGGUUCCUGUAUCACUGAAAUUUACACCUUUGGAUGACUUCCUGCAACUCAUAAAGAUCACCAUAAUUUCACUUAUAUUUGAAAACAGGACCACAGAUGUAUCUAUUUUUUAUAUAAUGAACAAUUUCUACCAAGAAGAAAUAACAAUCUUGACUUUAACAUACACAUUUUCAACAAAAUUCUAUAUACAAAUGAUGGACCUGAUCCUGUAAUAGGAUUCAGGCAGGUGCACCUUGCAGAGCUCCACUGACUCUCAGGGGGCUUCCCAAUGGCAAGGGGCCACGUAGUGGAGUCCCAUGGAAGUCAGUAAGGCUCCACGUGAGCACAAAGGUUUGCUCACCCAGAUCCAACUGAAAGAUCAGAGAUUAUAUAAACUGGAGAUUUAUUAGUCCGGAACAGCAAAAUCUAUUGCUGGGUAGUAUAAUGUUGCUUUUAUAUUAUUUAAUUUAUACUUUCUGAUCAUCCCAAGCUCCAUCAUCAACAAACGUUUCCAUUUCUUAUUUCCUAAUAUAAGCCAAGAUUUCCAAUAGGGCUGGUUGAGGAUUUUCAAUCAAAAUUUUUUUUUGCAAAAAGUGUCCAUUUUCUAAAGAAAACUUCAAC